GCACUUUUUGAACGAUCAACGGCAGCGAUUUCCUUGCCCGCGCUUCACGCCCACGUGAUCCCACCUCUAUAUUUACCACAUCUCAUCACUUUCUCGACAAAGCCUUCGAUAAAUACAAAGAGUGAAAGAGAGUGAGACAGUUGCAGUUGCAGUUGCAGUUGAAGUUGAAGUUACAAUGGCCACGACGAUCAAGCUUGUUAAAGCCCGGCAAAUCUUCGACAGCCGUGGCAAUCCCACCGUCGAAGUUGAUGUUACACUCUCCGAUGGAACCUACGCAAGAGCAGCUGUUCCAAGUGGAGCUUCCACAGGUAUCUAUGAAGCCCUGGAGUUGAGAGAUGGUGGAUCGGAUUAUCUUGGGAAAGGUGUCCUUAAAGCUGUGGAGAAUGUGAAUUCGAUCAUUGGACCUGCUUUGAUUGGAAAGGACCCAACAGAGCAGACCAAAAUUGACAAUUAUAUGGUACAACAGCUUGAUGGAACUGUUAACGAAUGGGGUUGGUGCAAACAGAAGCUUGGAGCAAAUGCUAUACUGGCAGUGUCUCUUGCUGUCUGCAAAGCAGGUGCCAUUGUGAACAAGAUCCCUCUUUACAAGCACAUUGCCAAUCUUGCUGGAAACAAGACCUUGGUGCUACCUGUACCUGCGUUUAAUGUCAUUAAUGGAGGUUCUCAUGCUGGCAAUAAACUAGCAAUGCAGGAAUUCAUGAUUCUCCCUGUUGGAGCAUCUUCUUUCAAGGAAGCCAUGAAGAUGGGAGUAGAAGUAUAUCAUCACCUGAAGGCUGUAAUUAAGAAGAAGUAUGGACAAGAUGCCACGAAUGUUGGGGAUGAAGGCGGGUUUGCACCUAAUAUUCAGGAAAACAAAGAGGGUCUUGAACUGCUGAAGACAGCCAUAGCUAAAGCUGGAUAUACUGGAAAGGUUGUCAUUGGGAUGGAUGUUGCUGCUUCAGAAUUCUAUGAUAGCAAGGAUAAGACUUAUGACUUGAAUUUCAAGGAAGAGAAAAAUGAUGGAUCACAAAAAAUAUCAGGAGACAGUCUGAAGAAUGUUUACAAGUCAUUUGUUACUGAAUAUCCAAUUGUGUCGAUUGAAGAUCCCUUUGAUCAGGAUGAUUGGGAACACUACGCAAAGAUGACUGCUGAACUUGGUGAGCAAGUGCAAAUUGUUGGCGAUGAUCUCCUUGUCACAAAUCCAAAGCGAGUGGAGAAAGCAAUCAAGGAGAAGACCUGCAAUGCUCUUCUUUUGAAGGUGAAUCAAAUUGGUUCAGUAACUGAAAGCAUUGAAGCCGUGAAAAUGUCAAAACGUGCUGGCUGGGGUGUCAUGGCAAGUCACCGAAGUGGUGAAACUGAGGAUACUUUCAUUGCUGACCUUUCUGUUGGGCUGUCGACGGGCCAAAUUAAGACUGGAGCUCCUUGCAGAUCAGAGCGGCUUGCUAAAUACAACCAGCUUCUUAGGAUAGAAGAGGAGCUUGGAUCUGCAGCAGUCUAUGCCGGAUCGAAAUUCAGAGUACCAGUGGAACCAUACUGAUAGGAGUGCUGGAAUCUUAAAACCCUAGUUGUUAAAUAAGCCUUUCUGGUUUUUGGUGUUACCAACCAAGCAUGUAAUUUUGCAUAGCCAAACGUCCUUACUGCUAGUUACUAUAGGAUCUUGGUGAGGAAAUCAGCAACUAUUAAUGAGUGUGUUGUCUAGGUUUGUUCCUUGGUGAUGCAAUGCAAUGUUGAGUCUUCUCUAUGUA